AUGGCAGGGUUGGUGAUCGGAAGCCUGGUUUUUGGGACCUUGGCAGACAGGCUGGGCCGCCAGAAGCUGCUGAGCUGGACCUACCUGCAGUUAGCAGUAGCCGGUUCUUGUGCUGCCUUCGCACCCAACUUCCCAACCUACUGUGCUUGCCGCUUCCUCUGCGCCAUGGCUGUGAAUGGCAUCAACUGCAACUCCCUAACGCUGAGCCUGGAGUGGCUACCAAUCCAUGCCCGGCCAGGUCUGGGCCUCCUCUUUGGACUCUUCCCCAGCCUGGGCCAGCUUAUUCUAGCUGGUGGGGCUUAUGCCAUUCCCCAGUGGCGCCACCUUCAACUGAUGGUCUCCCUGCCCUUCUUUGGCUUCUUCAUCUGCUCCAGGUUCUUCAUUGAAUCUGCCCUCUGGUUCUCCACCUCCGGAAGACUGGACCUCGCCCUGAAGACCCUGCAAAAAGUGGCACAGAUUAAUGGGAAACAGGAAGAGGGGGCCAAGCUGAGUAUGGAAGCUUUCUUGACAUCACCCACAUCCCACAAGCCAGAGUAUCUGGUGCUUUCUAGGGCCGGGAUUGAUGGGAGGGUUCCCAGAGAAAUUCUAGGCCCUGGGCUUUGCCUACCUCGGCAGGUUCUCCAGGCCACCUUGCAGAAAGAUCUGCCCAUGAGCCAAGGCCACCCUUCAAUGUUGCAGCUGCUGUGCUGCCCUGUCAUUCGCCGCCUCUCUCUUUGCCUUUUGCCUCUGUGCUUCACAAUCUUCUUCAGCUUCUACGGCAUAAUAAUGAGCCUGCAAACGUUGGGAAUGGAUAUCUACCUGAUCCAGAUCCUCUUCGGAAUUGUGGACCUGCCGUUCUAUUUCUUGAGCUUCCGGACCACCAAAUCACUGGGCCGAAGGCGUAACCAGAUGGGCACGAUGGUGGUGUCAGGACUCUGCAUCAUGGCCUGUGCUCUAGUACCCCUUGACCGAUUAUUCCUCCGCAUCACCAUGGCCGUGUUAGGGAAAGGCUGCAUUUCUGCCUCCUUCAACAGUCUCUACGUUUACAUAGGGGAGCUGUACCCCACAGUCGUGCGGCAGAGGGGCCUGAGCCUCAUGAUGAUCCUGGCCAAUGUAGGCAGCACCGUAAGUCCACUGUUGGCCAUGACAGCCGAGAUCUACCCACCCCUUCCUCUACUUAUCUACGGUGCAGUACCUAUGGCUGCCAGCUCCAUCACUGUCCUCCUCCCAGAGACCCUGGGCCAACCACUGCCCAACACGGUGCAGGAAAUUGAGAACAGGUGGAAAAAGAAAUCUAGGCAGAAGAAAGAGGAGCAGCAGAUGGUGCCACUCAGACCUCGGCAGAAGACAGAGGUGGACUCUGAGUAUUAAGAAGAGGCUUUGUAAUGUCACAGGCCGGCCGUUGGGGCCAGCUUUCCUGAGGAUAGAGGGAGAGACCCCCUGGACCCCCUAAAUACCCACACCAAAAGAAGGAAUUUGUUUUCUUUUUCUUUUUUUAAUUCAUUUAUUAGGGGCUCAUGCUUAUCACAAU